AUGUUGGGAGGCCAUCAACUCAACACCAACGCCGGCUUUCAAAAUCCGAGAAUAGGCUAUCUCCAUGGAGAUCUGCUUUAUUUUGAGUUCGAAGACCUGGCCGAGGAAGAGGACACUUUAGAGCUUGAAGACCCUUCAGAUAUUCGCCUACACAGCUCAAAUGCUGCUCUCUUCGAUGCCCAUACAAAGGACUUUCCAGACUUGAGACUUCCAGAACCGGACAUAGGCCCAAUGGCCCUCUUACUCCAGCCAGCAUUCGGAAGCAGCUUCGGCGCAUUACAGACAUUAGAUUACGACUCUUCUCUGCUUUCUUACUACGAGGCAGUUGUAUGCAGUUCAUGUACACUGUUAGACGAUGCUGAUCACAAUCCCUACCGACAUUUGAUCCUUCCUAUGGCUAUGCAAUCCGAAGGAAUCUACCACGCCACAUUGGCCGUAUCUGCUCAGAUACUAGGUAUUGCCGAGCCUAAAUACCGAUUUGCUGCCCUUGACCACGCCAAUCGAGCAUUAAAAUGCCUCAUCACGACACUUCAACGCGGGAACUGGUCUGGUGCCGAGAUUGACGAAAUCUUAGGGCUCGCCUUGAUGCUGUGCUGGUUUGAAAUUACAGAUGGCUGUCGUCCAUCCUGGGUGACGCACCUGAAUGGCAUUCACAAUCUUAUUAUUCGAUAUCCACAGCUAUUCAAGCGCAGCACAGUUGCCCUGUACCGCUUCUUCAACCGGUAUUUUUCUUUUCACGUUGUUUUAGCUCGAACUACUUUUCGAGUCGAUGAUGAUCUUUGGUUUUCAAACGCCGCUUCGGAUGAGCCCACUUUGGCAAUUGCCACCAGUGUACAAGACAAAAUCUACGAUGUUAGUGCAACUAAUCCAUCUCCGCAACCUGAAAAUCACGGGCAGUACGUACCAUUCUCCGAGUCGACCGAACUUCUAUCGCGCACUAUGUCGCUCGACGACCUCGACCAGAUCGACUCGUACAUGGGAUUUAGCAACUCUCUGCUCCUCCUGAUUAAUGAAAUUGCAGACCUGGCGUGGAAAUAUCCGUCAAAAGCGGAAGUUGAAUCUGAUUUAUCUACAGUUCGCAGCAUAGUCGACAGGCUACGGCGCUCCCUGUCGAACCUGCGACAGACACCGCCACCUUUGUGCAUGAUCAAGGGCAAUCCAAACGAUGAAAAUCAGCGCCAUCUGUACAUGCAAGCUGCAUUUGAGUUUGAAACAAUCGCAGAAGCAAACCGCACAGGAGCUCUUCUUCUCCUGCAUGAAGUAUGCUCAUCGCGACUCCAACGCCCCGACAUUUUCGAAAGUGAUGCCCCUUCUUCUUCGGCAGAUAAUACCAAAUCCGAGUGUGUUCGAAAGAUACUCGAUAUCAUGCUAGAAAAUAUCAACCGCAUUGGGCGUACCGCCGCUCUUCCACUUUGGCCGCUUUUUCUUGCUGGAUGCUGUGCAACUUCGGAGGAAGAUCGGGUUAUAGUUAUGAGGAUUUUCCAAGAGACGGAGAAACCCAAAAGAUUUGGCAAUAUCACCCCGGCUCGAGAAGUGGUAGAAAUGAUAUGGCGUCAACGCGACCUUGGCGUACAAGAUGACCGGAAAAGGCGACAGUCGGCAGCAGCCCGGCGUUUCGAGACUGCAAAAACUAUGGACCCUACCUUCCAGUUUCGUGAAAUCCCGUCUACAUGUCAAAUUCAAUCUUUCAAAAACAGUCCACGUCGCUGUGGUGGCAUGUUUGAAUGGGAACGUGCCCUGUCGAUGAUGGGAGACUUGAAGCUAAGUCUUACAUGA